UCGUGUGCAACGUUAGUGACCGGUCCGUGGGGUGAUGGGUUUGAGGCAAAGCACAUCCGAUACCACACGGUGCGCAUGAAAUGUCUUGUUUUCUCUGCCUUCGGAAAUGUUGUCCAACUGGUGUGAGCCUGGCAGAACAAGAUAAGCGCAUACUAUUGGGCGGCUGUUUUGUGGUAGUGUCAUGGAAUGACUGGGCUCCUGUGAAACACAUUUGUCUUCGCUGCAUUUCCGAGUUACGUGCUCUGUUGCGCAUUCGCAAAGCGCGAUGGCUGGAGAGAAUACAGCCGGCAGCUCAUCUGCCAAUAUCAUACAAGGCGCAGAACGAGAUAUUUGGAUAGUGUUAACGAACGAAAUGAACAAAUUUAAAUCGGAGACCAAGAUCUACGGGGAGGAAGUACAGAGAACGCUAAGUGAUAUUUUGGGUCGGCUCUUCGCGUUAGAGUGUUGGGUUUAAGAGAAGGGGGGUGUGGCUGGGGAGGGAGCCCAAAAUGAAGGAACCUCGAAAUAAACAAUGACGGGAUCGAGAGGAAGAGGAAAGAGAAAGAGGGUGCAGGUGGAGUGUAAGGGGGAGGGGGUGAAGAAAAAGGGGGAGCAGGAAAAGAGGGCGGAGGGGGUGAAGAGAAAGGGGGAGCAGGAGAAGAGAGGGGAGUGGGUGAAGAAAAAGGGGGAGCAGGUGAAGAAGGUGCAUGAGGUGGAAAAGAAUAGGGAGGAGGUGAAGAAGAAGCUCGAUGAGGUGGAGAAGGAGGAGGAGGUGAAAAAGCAGGGUGAGGAGGUGAAGAAUAAGGGGGAGGAGUCGAAGGUGAAAAAGAAUGGGGAGGAGGUGGAGAAGAAAAGGGACCAGGUGGAGAAGAUGGGGAGGGAAGCUUUUGAUGUUCAGCGACCCGAGGAUAGGGGAAUUGUUGCUUUGAAAAAUCUGGUGGACAGUCAAAAAAUAGAGUUGGAGGCAAUCAGAGCAGAGGUCCUGACAAUGGGGACGCAUAUGGCGUUGCUGAAGGCUGAAGUAGAGGAAUAUAAAAAUAGAGGUAGAGGAAAGAAGAAGAUGGAGGAGGCGGAGGUGCAAGAAAUACAGUCUGCAGAGCAGCAAAUGGUAUUGUAUAAGGCGGAAGGGGAGGAAAGACAGGAGGCGCAAGAUAGAGGUAUAAGAACUCUGCUGGUGAGGAGUGAGCCACAUAAGCAGGAGGGCCAGGUGCAGAGUGGUGUGCAGCAGGUGGCGAAAAAGUGUCACUAUUGCAAACAGGACGGUCACCUGGCCUUCCGUUGUGUCCACUAUGAUUGUGAUUUCGCGCACGGUUUCGUGCGACGUGAACAUAGAGGUAGCAAUGUAGUAUAUCUUGAUUAUUGGGGUCAGGCCAUACAUAUGGCGACGCCGGAUGGGAUAAGGGCUGAAUUGUACAGGCAUUUGACGACUUUCUAUUCACGGCUUCUCCGGCUGUCCCGGCCGCAUUCCGUAAUAGUGGUAGGGUUUGGUGAGCCUAGCUUGGGUACAAUGCUAGGCAUGUGAAAGAAAAAAAAGAGUCAUUAUAUUAUGAGGUUUGUUGAGUUAUCAGCCUCAAGUCAGCCCGGAGUUCGCUUUUGCACUC